GCGCCUCGCCUGCCGGGCCGGGGUAGGCCAGGCCCAGCCCGGCCCCGGGAUCGCCGCUGCCCGCGGGCGGGGGCGCCCGGGCGGCCGGGACGAUGCGCGGUCCCUGGCCCCGGGAGGCGGCCGCCCUGGGGCCGUCGGGAUGGAGGUGAGAAGACGGCCGUGACGCGCGCCCGCGUGGUCCCCUGCACCCCCAGCAGCCCACAGCGCUCCCUGCCCCCCUCCCCCGCAGCAGCGGGCCUUGCCGUCGAGUGACUGCGGCCCGGGGGGGCAGGGGGGCGGGGGCGGCCGGACCAGCGAUGCCGGCGGGCAUGACGAAGCAUGGCUCGCGCUCCACCAGCUCGCUGCCGCCCGAGCCCAUGGAGAUCGUGCGCAGCAAGGCGUGCUCCCGGCGCGUCCGCCUCAACGUCGGGGGGCUGGCGCACGAGGUGCUCUGGCGCACCCUGGACCGCCUGCCCCGCACGCGGCUGGGCAAGCUCCGUGACUGCAACACGCACGACUCGCUACUCGAGGUGUGCGACGACUACAGCCUCGACGACAACGAGUAUUUCUUCGACCGCCAUCCGGGCGCCUUCACCUCCAUCCUCAACUUCUACCGCACCGGGAGACUGCACAUGAUGGAGGAGAUGUGCGCGCUCAGCUUCAGCCAAGAGCUGGACUACUGGGGCAUCGACGAGAUCUACCUGGAGUCCUGCUGCCAGGCCCGCUACCACCAGAAGAAGGAGCAGAUGAACGAGGAGCUCAAGCGCGAAGCUGAGACCCUGCGGGAGCGGGAGGGCGAGGAGUUCGACAACACGUGCUGCGCAGAGAAGAGGAAAAAACUCUGGGACCUGCUGGAGAAGCCCAAUUCCUCUGUGGCUGCCAAGAUCCUUGCUAUAAUCUCCAUCAUGUUCAUCGUCCUGUCCACCAUUGCCCUGUCCCUCAACACCCUGCCUGAACUGCAGAGCCUCGAUGAAUUUGGCCAGACCACAGACAACCCCCAGCUGGCCCACGUGGAGGCCGUGUGCAUUGCAUGGUUCACCAUGGAGUACCUACUGCGCUUCCUCUCUUCGCCUAAGAAGUGGAAGUUCUUCAAGGGCCCACUCAACGCCAUUGACUUGUUGGCCAUCCUGCCAUACUAUGUCACCAUUUUCCUCACAGAAUCCAACAAGAGCGUGCUGCAGUUCCAGAAUGUCCGCCGCGUGGUCCAGAUCUUCCGGAUCAUGCGUAUUCUCCGAAUCCUUAAGCUCGCACGCCACUCCACCGGCCUCCAGUCUUUGGGCUUCACUCUGCGGAGGAGCUACAAUGAGCUGGGUUUGCUCAUCCUCUUCCUUGCUAUGGGCAUCAUGAUCUUCUCCAGUCUUGUCUUCUUUGCCGAGAAGGACGAGGAUGACACCAAGUUCAAAAGCAUCCCAGCCUCUUUCUGGUGGGCCACCAUCACAAUGACAACUGUUGGGUAUGGAGACAUCUACCCCAAGACUCUCCUGGGGAAAAUUGUUGGGGGGCUCUGCUGCAUCGCGGGAGUCCUGGUGAUUGCUCUUCCCAUCCCCAUCAUCGUCAAUAACUUCUCUGAGUUCUACAAGGAGCAGAAGAGGCAGGAGAAAGCAAUCAAGCGGAGGGAGGCUCUGGAGAGAGCCAAGAGGAAUGGCAGCAUUGUAUCCAUGAACAUGAAGGAUGCUUUCGCCCGGAGCAUCGAGAUGAUGGACAUCGUGGUUGAGAAAAAUGGGGACAAUAUGAGUAAGAAGGAUAAAGUGCAAGAUAACCACUUGUCUCCCAACAAAUGGAAAUGGACAAAGAGGACACUGUCUGAAACCAGCUCAAGCAAGUCCUUUGAAACCAAGGAGCAGGGGUCUCCUGAGAAGGCCAGAUCAUCUUCUAGUCCUCAGCACCUAAAUGUUCAGCAAUUGGAAGACAUGUACAAUAAGAUGGCCAAGACCCAAUCCCAACCCAUCCUCAAUACCAAGGAGUCAGCAACACAGAGCAAACCAAAGGAAGAACUUGAAAUGGAGAGUGCCCCCAGCCCUGUAGCCCCUCUGCCCACUCGCACAGAAGGGGUCAUUGACAUGCGAAGUAUGUCGAGCAUUGAUAGCUUCAUCAGCUGUGCCACAGACUUCCCUGAAGCCACUAGAUUUUCCCACAGCCCUUUAACAUCACUCCCCAGCAAGACUGGGGGCAGCAUGGCCCCAGAGGUGGGCUGGCGGGGAGCUCUGGGUGCCAGUGGGGGUAGAUUUGUAGAGGCCAACCCCACCCCGGAUCCCAGUCUUCGCUCUAGUUUCUUCAUUGAGAGCCCCAAGAGUUCCAUGAAGACAAACAACCCCUUGAAGCUUCGAGCACUUAAAGUCAACUUCAUGGAGGGUGACGCCAGUCCAUUACUCCCUGCUCUGGGAAUGUAUCAUGACCCUCUUAGGAACCGGGGGGGUGCUGCAGCUGCUGUCGCUGGAUUGGAGUGUGCCACAUUGUUGGACAAGCCUGUGCUGAGCCCAGAGUCCUCCAUCUACACCACAGCAAGUGCUAGGACACCCCCCCGGUCGCCUGAGAAACACACAGCAAUAGCAUUUAACUUCGAGGCGGGAAUCCACCAGUACAUUGACGCAGACACAGAUGAUGAGGGGCAGCUGCUCUACAGUGUGGACUCCAGCCCUCCCAAAAGCCUCCAGGGGAGCACCAGCCCCAAGUUCAGUGUCGGGACAAGAUCAGAGAAGAACCACUUUGAAAGUUCCCCCUUACCCACCUCCCCUAAGUUCUUAAGGCAGAACUGUAUUUACUCUACAGAAGCAUUGACUGGAAAGGGCCCCAGUGGUCAGGAAAAGUGCAAACUUGAGAACCACAUCUCCCCUGAUGUCCGCGUGUUGCCAGGGGGAGGAACCCAUGGAAGCACACGGGAUCAGAGCAUCUGAAUUGCCCUACCAGGGAGGAGAGACUUUUGGGCAAGGUCCAAAGAGGAGGCCUGUUCAGAAAUGCCAUGGAGUUUUUCUUCAUGAACUCUGAAACAGUAAGGCCCUGCGAAGCCCCCAGAAAGAAGAGAGACUCCAGAGGAGGCCCCUAAGACCCUGACAGCCACGACAGGUUCAUCAGCAUGAAGUUGGCCAAGCCAUAGAGUACAGCACUUCCUUGUAACAAUUCUACUGCCCUCUUUGGGGGAUGACAUGAACAGAACUCACACCACCAUUCUAGACAUAACCCAGGCCACCUCCUCUGCAUCCUAAUCUCACGGCUUUCCAUCACAGCCUCUGAAGGCAACAUUUCCAACCCUUCUCGCUUCAGCUGGAGAAGGAUGCUGGAACAAGUGGCUGGUGUUGAAAGAGUGGGUUGACCAGUUUGAUAUUAGGUGUUGCCCGGCCACCUCUAGGAACAUCUGUCCAUCACCUCCUGGAUGGAUCCCACAAUUAGAAGGCUACAAGGAGUGCUUGUGUCAUGGGGAAAUCUCUGCGCCAUAAGCCACGAUCCCAGUGCAAAACUCUAAUUCAAAUGUCUUCAUUGACUUCGAUGUUCCAUAGUACCUGAGAUUUUAUAUUUUUGAGAUAUCAUCAGGGUGAGUUGCACCACUUGUACUCAAUUCUAAUUGCCCCCUGGCAAUCUGGGAAGGGUUCAGAAGGCGGGCACUCAGCCAACAGGAGGAACUCGGAGCAUUGCUUUAGGGUUGUAGGAGGAAAACGUUUUCUGUGUAUCGCUAGUGUAGACUCAAAAGAUAUCAAGUGUCAAAUAUGCAAAAGAAAUAGCUUAUUCAAAGAGACUGUGUUAUUCAAGAAUAGCCUAAAAAUUGAUUUUUUUAACCUACUAAAAUGAAAGGAAAAAAAAUACCCGUAAUUGAAAUGCCCAGUUCAGACUUUGAAUACUUCCUGCUACGACAGGUAAAGCGCCUACGAUAAAAGAAAUUCUUUUUUUGUUUCCUGUGGCUUUAAAGCUAAAAAAAAAAUUAAAAUAAAAAGCACUUUAUGUUUUUCAAAAAUAGGUUCUACCAGGGACAGUGUCAACAUCCUGCACUUUAAAACAAGCAUUAUUUCCGUGGGCCACUUACUGGGACUGUAGUUGGGUUGUUGCCACAAGCCUGUUUCUGGCCACGGUGGGUGAUAUUGCUCUGGUAUCACUGUCUGCCAUGUCAAAGUCUUGGGGCUCCUUUCCUGUCCCUCCGAAGUUCCCCCUUAACCCUCCUGGGUCAGCAGGGGUUUGGGGCCCUCAGGUGGGGCCUCUCAUAAUGUUAAGUGUACAGGAGACAUGUACAUCUCAGAAGGACACAGUGACAGUCGGACACUGGGUGUUUUAUUCUGUUCCCUUUCUUGUCAACCAGCCAUUGGUGUGUUUUCAGUGUCACUGUCUGUACUGAAAGCUCUACUCUCCUUCCUGCAGCCAUCAAUGCAGCCAGUACAGACAAAAGCAAUAAGUAUGUAUGUGCGUCCUGAGCGGUCCUGGUGUAUUUCUUGGUGUUGGUCUUCCUGUCUUAGUCUGAUGAGCUGACACUGUCCUGCCUGCUUUCAGUCCAACAGCAGGGCGUUGUUGGACCUUCCUUAGUACAGUGAUGUUGGAUUGAACCACUGAUCAAUACGAUAGUAUGGUGUUGGCUCGUCUGUCAGUAAAGAUAACAUGUUAUUGGUCUGCUUGUCUGUAGUACAAUGGAACAAUGUUGGUCUCUUAACACAAUGUUAACGGAUGAUGUCCCAAGUGCAAUAGCAUGGGUCUGCCUAUCCUCAAUACAGUAACAGGCAUACGUCUUCCUGACGGGAAGAGGACAUAGUGUUGGUUCACCUGUUCCUAAUAUAAUCUGUUGCUGGUCUGCCUCUUAGUACAAUGGCAUGAUCGACCCUAUUGUGGAGUUGUUCCACCUGCCCUCCAUAUAAUGGCAUGAGACUGGGCCACCUGUCACAGGUAUGAUGACAUGAGGGUCAUUCCACCACCAUUAAAAAUGUGUGUUCUCUGCUAUUUACAAACCCAGUUCAUACCACUUCUCAGCCUCUCCAGGGACUAUGGAUCCCCCCAAGAGGGCUCAGUCCUGUUCUUAGGUAUCUUCAGAGUAUUCACGCAACAGAUGCAAAGGGACUCAGGGGCAUGGACAGUGAGUUGGCACACCAGAGGGGGAAGCAGCAGCACUUCCAAAACACUUUGCCAAGCACACCAUCCUGCUUGGGGGCCUCUUGGGGACUGACUGCGGCAUGGUUCUCCACCGGCCACCUCACGUAUCUCUUCUUUGUUUUCAUCACCAUCAAUGUCCACCAUCAGCACAAAUGUGAAAAUUCAGGGAAAACAAACAAAUGCUUUUUGAUAAAAGUAAAUCGUUGUGAUUUCUGAUUCAGAUAUUUUUAGAGCUGAUGCUGUCUGUAAAAGUUAAUAAUGAUACUAAUAUAGUCUAUUUUACAUAUCAGGAAAGUGAAUAUGUUUAAAUAUAGCCAUAUAUAGUGAGAAGGCUCUUACCACCCCUUCUUUCAUUCAAGGCAUUUCGUUUGUCGGUUGAAGCAGAUAAGAAGUGUACAGAUUGGAAAUUCUUUCUUUUUUUUUAAACUAAUAACCAAUUGGUGCAACUCUCCUUGUAACCAAAGGCCCUUUCUGCCUUGUGUGAUCGUAUAGGACCUGGCCCUUCCUUCCUUGUGUAUUUCGUCUGACCUUAAAGUAGCAUUUUAUUGAGUCACUUUUGAAGGAUGAAUUCAGAAGUAUCAUUAAGAACCUACCUUUUCAGGCUUAAUAGCCAGGGUCCUAUAGAGUUCUUAUAGAAACAGAAUAAUUGAAAUUCAGCAUAUACUAUGCUUAGAAAGUAUUCCGUUUUGGUUUGUGUUGUUUUUUUUUUUUUUCCUUUUACUUACGUGUGUGUGUAUUGUGGGAAUACAGCUUUUACCCUGUUCUCAAUUCAAAAUAGAACAUUGUUAAGUCUUCUCAAUCCCCUACCCACCAAAAGGGAAUAUACCCAGAUUUGUAUUAUGUAUAUACCCAACCUGUACCUACAUACACACGUAUGUACGUGCACUGGGAAAUCUACCUAAGAGUCUCCACUGAAAAGUUGACUUGAUAGACGGGCCUUGAAAGAGAAGGGGAAAGCAAUGGUUUGGAGGCAAACACUGCUUCAUUUCCCACCAAUCCCUAAACCAACAAAAGCAGAAAGAAACAAAUCCGCCCAAACAAACGUUAUUAGGGGCUGGAGGUGAAUGGAUGUUGGCCACUUGGCCAAAUUCAGCGAAACUCAUCAAGAACCCAGCUCAACUUGAGUUCCAGCUUCCACCAUUAUCAGAAAGGGCUAGGGACCAGGUAACUAUGUGUUCCAAUCACACAGGCAAGAGUCUGCAACCAGCGAUGAGGGAGCUGGGCAAGCUUUGCAGGAAGAGAGUUGAUUCACCUCUUUAUCUUUGGGUAGAAGAAAACAAGAGGACUUGGGUGCAGUAGGAUUCUCAGUGCCUUCUUUAGGAAUUCUAUCUUAAGCACACUUUGAGGGGACAGAGAAAAAGAGGCGAGAACAUUGGUUCCUGUGAAGUCCCUUUCUCAAAAGAAUUCGGAAUCAAGAAAGAAAAGGAAGAAGGGGAAACAGCAAUGUCCCGAGGCCGCCACUUCCUUUAACUCACCCAGCCUGCCCCUGAGAAUUGCUGGUGAUGCAAACUUUUUCAAACUGACUCCCAACUUCUUCUCCACUGUGUCUUGGUAACUGUAGCUACCCUUUCUCCUAAUACUAAGAUCCACAUUUCUACAGAGAAAGAAAAACAAAACAGUAUUCUCUUCUGUAAAACUGUAAUGUAUUGUUGAUAUUUGUAACUAUUGUAUAUUUCUGUCUUGCUCCAGUCCCGGCUGGAGUGUCUUCUAGUCCCUGGACGAGGGGAUAUUUAAAAUUCACCACGGACGAGGGCCACUAAAGCCAGGUCUCUCUCUCCUCCUUUCCAUGUUGCUCUGCCAAGUAGUCUCAAGUAACAGAACCCCGGGCUUUUUGGCCUCAAGGGAAGAAACUUUGAAUCAAAGGAGGGCAAGGCAAAAAGACUCCGGGACAGGCUCCUUUGGGAACAGACUUUUUCUGUAGCUGCGAAGUGUGCAGGAGGAAGAAGAGGGCUCCCCUGAAACCCCAGCAGGACCAAGGAAAGCGUCCAGCCCCAAGCUGAUGUUUCCUCACCUAUCACUGCUUAUAGGACAGCAUCCGAAUGCUUUCACAUCACUCGGCUGGGGCGCCCCAAACCAGCCCGGGCUACACCCAGACAUAAGAGUUACCUCUGCGUUUUCUGUUGCCAUUUUUCUGGCUCUAGAAGUAUCUGAUGCGCGACUACGUCGUAGGCUGUCCACGCAUCUCAGAGUAGUCUAUUUUUCUGUUCAGAUAAAAUAUAUAAAUAUAUGUAUUUUUAGCAAUUUAUAAUAGGGCAAUUGAGUCUAAUUUCUUCUUUUGUAACACAGAAUACUAUCUUAGGAGUUUCAUUGUCGGUCAUUAUCGUAGCUUUGAUAUUUUUCUGGUCAUUUUCAUUUUUCCUCCCAUCAUCCCUUGGGCUGUUUUUUCUUUUCUUCCUGUUGAUUCUGAUUUCUUGGGAGUAGGGAAAGACUGUGGGGUCUGACUUCCUUGUGGAGGCCUUUCCUGACGCUAGGCCUGGGGUCUGUUGAUGCCGUAACUUUCCUCAUUCAGUCUGUGUGUUUCUCCUAUUCGUGUGCUUAAGAAUCCAGGGCGUGAAUGCAGAAGGGAGACCGAGGGAGGCAGAGGUGCAGAUGGCCCUCAAAAGCAGGAUGGAAUGUGGGCUGGUUUCGCUCAUAAUCCACUCUGCUCCAAGGAUCUGAAGGGACUGAGUUUCUUCAUCCCCAGAGAUCUUGGAAUCAAAAAAUCUCCUGCAAGCAAACUUCCUCCUGCCGUUUCUGAGACCCAGAACACACCUAAGCUCCUUCUGGCUGGGCUGUUCCCAUGCCCAGCACCAAGGCCAGAGCCCUUUGAGGUUCUUGCAAACCUCAGAACAUGCAGGAUCUCAGAUCUCAUCAGCUUCUUAUUAGUUGCUCAUUUUAAUCCAUUUCUAACAGCUUCACCAAAAAAAUAGUGGCCAGAAACCCUCGCAGCCAAACCCUGAGAAGAGAUGUCCCAGAAUCUGCUAGCUCCUCUCCCCCCCUUCCCCAGCUGUCUGGCUUCCAAAGAGUAAGAGAUAGGUGACAAGGACAGAGGUACUUUUCCACCUUCCGGUGUCCAAGCUUUGGGGAGAUUUUGGACUGUCCUGAUAAUUAAUUCCAUGAGGCAGUUUUCAGCCUCAGGUGGGCAGAGGACAUCUCACUAAACAGAAUCUUCAGCAGAAAGUGAUUCUUCAUCCAUCAACCUACACAGGAAGAUGAAGCAAGGCCAGAUAAUAUCCAACUUGCAUUCAUUUCAGUUUUGGGAUCCCGCCUGCCUCCCUUUCAGCUCCAAAUCAGAGAUUUCAGCCCAGAAUCAGAGAUUUGAGCCAAACCAGGAUUCCCAGGUGGCAGGGAACCAUCCCCAUCAAAUAACUCUCUAAAGAAAGCCAACCCAAAUAUGAAUUUAUCAUUCUGGACUGUAACCCUAAUCAACUUUCCACCCCCAAAAUACGUUGUAGUCUGGAUUGAAACCAGAACCAAAUUAAAACAGACAAGACUUUUUUAACUUUUGUAAAAGAACAACAAAACUAAAAUGCAAAAGAAUUGUCUCCCAUAGCUUUUCUAGGUUAGAUGCCCAGAUAAGCAAACACCCUAGCCUAUGUCUGUUUUCAUCAAGAAAGAAGUUACAUACUUUGGUUUUCCAUCCACUAUUCCUGAUUUUAUCUUAACCUGUAAUUUCUCCUGAACUUCCCCAAAUGCCAACUUGAAUUUGGAGGGGGCUCUUAUUCAUUAAAGGAAUGCUCAUCUGCACCUCUAACCCUAAGUCUCCAGUCCUCUCUGCAAAGAUCCUAAAAAAAUGUAAGGGCUGGCCAGGAUGGGGGUAGCCAAUUUCAGCUCAAAUUAAAGAAGCCCUUCUAAGAAGCUGGGCUGUCAAUCAUGGAACCGAGUGCGUGGUGGGCAAACAUAUUCCAUUAUACUCCCGGUGUUUAAAGAGAGGUUAGAUGGUAUACAAAAUGAGUAUUUCACAGGGUCCCUAGAAUCACGUGGAAACUGGGCUGAACAAUCAAGGAAUUUCUUCCUCUGUUGUUCCUUGGGCAGUGUGGAUGUGGAUGGGGAGCUGGGAGGGUUGAACAUUGUGAGCACAGGCUCAAGCUUCUGAGGCAAAGGCAUGGAAUUAGCAGGAACUCCACUUCUAGGGUUUGUAUUAUCAGAGGGGUGCUCAAGAGGCAGGUGGCAGCAGGAUGCUCUGCUUCCUCCCAGCUCCUUGUCUUGGAAACUUUUAAUGGUCCUGUAUCUAUCCAACCUAUCCCCAAUCAGGUAUCACACUGAGGUAUCACACUGAGCUAAGACUCCUGCUUCCCUACCCCAGGCGAGCCAGAGAGUAAUCUGCGAAGCCCCCAUCACCAGAUGCUCACCCUAUGGUGCUCUAGCCCUUCCGCCCAGAACCUGUGCCCUCAUGAGCCUGAGGCUUUCUGUACGAGAGAUGCAAUUACCUGUUACCUAUAAGCCAGCCUACUCAACAACUGCCCAGGCAGACAAUAGCAAAGGGCACCAUUCCAAAGGGCUUUUUUUUUUUUUUCCUGGUAAAUAAUACAGGAGAUCCUAUUCAAGACCUUUGAAAGUCCCCAGCCAUGAAGUAAAUCCAGAAGGGCCAGAAGAUAGAGGCAGCCAUAAUCAAAUUUCACAGCUAAGCUAGGCUCUGGCUGCCUCCAGGUGGAAGGCCCGCUCACCCACAUCUGUGGUGUGCUUCCCAAAUCCAUCCACAUCCGCAUUCUCCAAGGGAAGCAUUUGAUAAGGCAAGUUCUGCAUGUGGUGGGUUUGGAGCAAAUAGGACUUAGACCUCAGGUAAAGCCAAGUCCGGGUGGUCUAGGUUGUUUUAUUAUGAGCUUUGGCAGGAUGAUGCGUUUGGAUGGGUAGACUAGACAGAGCCUUCUUCCAAAACCAAAAUGAAACAAAACCCAGUUUCCAAGAUCCCCCUCUAGAAGCUCCGCCCUACAAAAUAGCUCAAACGGCAACAAUGCAAGGCUUAUUGGGCAGUCCAUGAAAAGGUAGGGCACUCUGAUCCUGUUCCAUUAGAAUGCUCUCAAGGGCCAUGCCUGGAUCGCCAUGCACUUUCUGCUUCCAUGAGCUGAACCAGGUUUGGAAAGAAGGUGGCAGCACAGGAGAAGGUCCCCCAAGAAACUACCUUCUCCAUGGCUUGGCUCACGGCCCCCUAGGCUCCACCAGGAUUUGUAUAGAUGAGCUGGACAUGGAAGAGUUGGGUGUGCCUGAGUGGGGGGGAUCUGCAGCUGCUGGGCCGAGCAGCUAGCCCCUUUGCUCUCCAGAUAUGUUUUGACUUCACCCCAAGGUGUAGGGCUGGGAACCCCAUUAUCUGCACCAGAAAUUCAAGGUUAUCCUCAAUGUAUGCCCUUAGCACAUAGUGGUCAUCCAACCUGUGUUUCUUUUUUUUUUUUUUUUAUAGAGACAGAGUCUCGCUGUACCGCCCUCGGAUAGAGUGCCGUGGUGUCACACGGCUCACAGCAACCUCUAACUCUUGGGCUUACGUGAUUCUCUUGCCUCAGCCUCCCGAGCAGCUGGGACUACAGGCACCCGCCACAACGCCCGGCUAUUUUUUUGUUGUUGUUGUUGCAGUUUGGCAGGGGCUGGGUUUGAAUCCGCCACCCUUGGCAUAUGGGGCCGGCGCCCUGCUCACUGAGCCACAGGCGCCGCCCCCAACCUGUGUUUCUUUGAGUGAGUGGACGUGAGAAUGGUUGGCCCCUGAGUAAAGGUUUGGAUGGAUGAGUGGCUGUGUGGUGAACAGGGGAGCUCCAGAGUUCUCCUCUGGCAUGUGGUAUUGCUCCUGGGAGGGGAGGAGAAAUGGAGAGCCCCUCUCCCCUGAAGCCCAUAACUGCUCUAUCAGUGCCGUCUAUUCUUUGACUCAAUUUGGGGUCAAGAUGAUGGUCAAAUUUGACACUACCAGGCCCCACGCUGAUAAGGGCCACACCCCUCUCAGAGCCACACUUCUUGGGAGCCUGUGGGGCAGCCCCAGACUCCUUCCUCCUCCCUCACCUUGCAUUGUUCGGGCUCAUGUUCUAGUUUAGCUCACACAUGGCCCCAGGUGGUUUUCCAAUGGGCUAAGUCAAGAGUCCAAAGUCGGGCUUCCUUUGGUCUGGGACUUGCUGGGGCAGCCAACACCUGGAAACUGGAUUGCGUUCCCUGAGCCACGGGAGUCCAGCUGAGUACACAGGCCAGCCUGUCCUCCAGCUUUUAGAGCCAGUGAUUUCCUUUUUCUGAGCCCCAGGCCCCCUGUGACAGCACGUGGCCUGAUCCCAUCAGCUAAGAGCCUGUCUGUCCUAGGAACCCAUGGCAUGGGGUUGGGGCUCUUCUGCCAGCAAAGCCAUUCUGAUCACCCCGCCCUUGAUGGCGGCCAAGCCAACCACAUUAGCCAUAAAUGACCAAUGUCCUCAGCCACUCUUUUCUCGGGGGUGCGUUCAUGGGUCCUGUUCAUCUCUUGUCAGUUGACGUCUCUAGUCCUUCUUGUAAAGGUGAAAAUGAGCAUUACACGUGUGUGCACACACACACACACAGACACACACAUGGAAACCAAACAACAAAAACCCAGUGUCUUUUAUGCAUGUAGUGAGAUGAAAUUGUGAUCCUUGUGUGACCUCCAGCUGCUGUCCUGUCUUGUAAAAUAUGUCCAGAUGUUUAAGAAUUUCUAAGCAAAUGGUCCCUUAAUGAAGUCUGCAGAGUUCAAUAAAAGGUAUGGA